AUGGAAGCAGUGAAGUUGAGGAAUCACGCUUUUGAGUUGUUCAAUGUUUCGCUGAAAUCCGUAACUCCUUGUACUAUGAUGCUGAAUUCGCUGAAGAUAUCUGGAAACAUCUUGUCGGUUGGCGAUCAGUCGUAUGUGCUAAAUAACAACGUGCACAUUGUUGCAUUUGGAAAGGCGGUCAUUGGAAUGGUGAAAACAGCUGAAGAUAUUUUAGGAGAUCACAUUGUAGAUGGCAUUGCAAGCAUUCCUUCUGGAAUUCAAUCCACACUAAAAUCUUUUGGAAAAUGGGAUUUUUUACCUUCAGUUACAAGCAAAGUAAAGUUGAUUGAAGGCAGCACUAACAAUUGUCCUGAUGAAAACUCACUCAGGGCAGCUCAAGAAAUCAAAAAAUUAGUAACAAAAUGUGGAGAAAAUGACAUUGUUUUAGUUUUGAUAUCAGGUGGUGGUUCAGCUCUUCUUCCCUCUCCUACUCCACCUCUUACACUACAAGAGUUGUCAACAGUAACACAAAUGUUAUCGAAGAAAGGGGCAACUAUACAGCAGCUGAACACUGUUCGCAAACAUCUUGAAGAGUUGAAAGGUGGUGGGCUUGCAAAGGCUGCUUUCCCUGCACAGGUCAUAUCGUUGAUCCUUUCUGAUGUUGUAAACAAUGACUUGAACUUUAUUGCAAGUGGUCCUACCUCACAGGAUUUCACUACGCCCCAGCAAUGUUUUGACCUUCUAGAAAACUUUGACCUAUUGAACUGUGUGCCUCAAUCAGUUUUUACAGUAUUGAAUGAUCGAUCACAAUCGGAAGAAUUCAAGAAAGAUUCAGAAUCCGAACAUACUUUGAAAAAAAGUGUGGCCAGUUUUCAUUGCCGAAAUGUUCAUAAUGUAAUCAUAGGUAGUAAUGUUAUAGCCCUUAAUUCAGCACUUAAAUACGCUGAUUCUUUGGGUUAUGGUACUUACCUCUUGUCUUCCAGCGUCACAGGUGAUGCAGAAGAACGUGGACAAAUGUUUGCCCUGCUCAUCAACUACAUCUGCAGAACCAUGUACAGUAAGAACAAACCUGACCAGUUACUUGUCAAGAAUGAAUUUGAUUUGUUACACCGAGGCUUAGAGAAGUCACAACUUAAUGAAUUGUGCAAAGUUGUUACAGAGUAUGAUCAGUGCAGCAAGCCUGUCUGCAUAUUGGCUGCUGGUGAAACAACAGUAAAUGUUGUUGGACAGGGUAUGGGAGGUCGAAAUCAGCACAUGGUCCUCUCAGCUGCUAUUGAACUAAACAAACUGCUGGAAACUGAUGUUUUGUCAAAAUAUGCCAUAACCUUUCUUAGUGCAGGUACUGAUGGUCAAGAUGGGCCUACAGAUGCUGCCGGGGCCUCAUGCGAUCAAACGCUCAUUAAACAGGCUCUCAAACUCAACUUGAAGGCAGAAGAUUUUCUGAGAACAAAUGAUUCUUACACGUUUUUCUCGAAGGUGGACGCUGGUAGGUACUUGCUGAAAACAGGAUUGACAGGCACAAAUGUUAUGGACCUGCAGAUCAUCUUGAUAUCACCAAUCUCAUGAUCUGUUUUAUGUUCUAAACCGAACUAUUUUUUCACCUUAGAUUAAAGGUGUUAUGUCAUUGUUAGUGACGAACAACCAUGUUCCAAGUCCUGCAUUAUGAUUUUUUGCGAUCUUUUAUUAGUCAUCAUCAACGUCACAUUUCAUUGACGUUGUCUUUUGAUGUAGGCAAUGUAUUUUACUUAAAUAUCAAUUGUAUUCAUAUAUAUAUAUAUAUAUAUAUAUAUAUAUAUAUAUAUAUAUAUAUAUAUAUAUUCAUAUAUAUAUAUAUAGCGUUUAACGUAUUAUAUAAACACUGAUCAUGUAAUUUAGUUGUAAGGAAUGGUUUCGCCUUACUUUAUAACUAUUUUUCGUUUUUAAUAUGAAAUAUUUAUGUAUGAUUAUGAUAUUUAUUUUGGAGAUAACACAUUAUUUUAAUAAAUUUCUGAACAACAAAAGCGUUCAAGGAAC